UAUAAAUAGGAGAAAGGAGUUGAAGGUGGAAACACAUAGAAAUGCAAACAUGUCUCCAAACACAAACACUUAUACUGGCAUGCUUGUGCUUAUCUUUGUUCACCUUUAUUGCCUUAUGUUGCUAACGUCCUCUGAGUCAGAGUUGAUUGAGUGCAUUCCAAGUGAGCGCCAAGCACUUCUAAGAUUCAAGCAUCAUCUCACUGACCCUUCCAACAGGCUCUCUUCUUGGAAUGCUUCCAAUUCCAACUGCUGCCACUGGGAUUAUGUUGUUUGUAGUCAUCUAACUUUCCACAUCCUUCAACUUCACCUCAACACUACACCAGAUUAUGAUGAAUACGCUUACGAGAGGUCCAGCUUUAGUGGAGCGAUAAAUGAUUCUAUUGUUGAAUUGAAACAUCUGAAUUACUUGGACUUGAGCGAUAAUAGUUUUGGAGGUAUGCAAAUUCCUGCUUUCCUUUUUCGAAUCACCUCCGUAACUCACCUUGACCUCUCUUAUUCCGAUUUUUAUGGCAACAUUCCUCAUCAGAUUGGGAAUCUCUCUAAUUUGCUCUAUCUUGACCUAUCAUAUGUUGCCUAUGGAAAACUUCCACAUCAAAUUGGCAAUCUCACCAAUUUAAUCCAUCUUGGCCUCCAAAGUGAUUAUUAUGGUAACUCAUUGGUAGUUGAAAAUGCUGAUUGGCUUUUGGGUCUUACCUCCCUUGAAUAUCUUGAUUUGAGUGGUUUAGACUUACGUGAUUGUAGUUUGGGUGAUUAUAAGCAACCAUCCGAACUUAACUUUUCUUCCCUGCUUUCUCUUAGCAUUUCUGUUGCUCCCAAGUGGGUCUUUCAGUUGAACAAACUUGUUUCUCUUACAUGCGGUUCAAUUUAUUAUGCCUCGUCUGAUAUUGGAGGUCCAAUUCCCGAUGGUAUUCAAAACCUUACCAUGCUUGAAAAUCUUGAUUUGUCAUUCAAUUCAUUCUCAUCCCAUAUACCAGAUUGGUUAUACGGUCUUCAUCGUCUCAAAUCUUUGAAGUUAAGAGGUAGCUAUUUGACUGGGGCUAUUUCUAAUACUUUGGGGAAUUUGACUUCUCUUGUUACCCUUGAUUUGUCACACAAUCAGUUUGAAGGAGCAAUUCCAACUCUUUUGGGGAAUCUGACUUCUCUUCUUGAUCUCUCCAGCAACAACAUUAUUGGAGAAAUUCCUCAAUCAUUCGCAAAGCUUUCCUCAUUAAGAUUUGUCGAUUUCUCAGAAAAUCAACUUACUGGAAAUCCAUUUAAAUUUCUUGCAUCAGCUGCAAAAUUGUUAUAUCUUGCCAUAGAUGACAAUUUAUUUCAAGGGAUUGUACAUGAAGAUGACCUUGCGAAUUUCACUGCUUUACGUGUGCUUUCAGCAUCAAGUAACAAUUUCACUUUGAAAGUGCAUCCCAGUUGGAAACCAAAAUUUCAACUUUUUCAUUUGAAAAUGAGCUCGUGGAAGUUAGGUCCAAGCUUUCCAUCAUGGAUUCGGUCACAAAAUCAUCUUCAAUAUUUGGAUCUAUCUAACGCAGGGAUUUCUGAUUCCAUUCCCAUUUGGUUUUGGGAAACAAGUCAUCAUUAUGAUUAUUUGAACUUCUCUCACAAUCAUAUUCAAGGCAAGCUCCCAAAAGAAUUAAAGAUUUUAGAAUUCGAUGGAGCAGUUGAUCUUAGCUCAAACAAUCUUCAUGGAAAUUUACCCUUUGUGAGUGAGAAUGUGGUUUGGCUAGAUCUCUCACAUAAUUCAUUUGAUGGGUUAUUAAUGGAUUUUCUUUGUCAAAAAUCUCACAAACCAAAAUGGUUACAAAUCCUCAAUCUUGCAUCAAACAAUUUAUCUGGAGAAAUUCCCAACUGUUGGAGGAUGUGGCCACAACUAGCGGAUGUCAACUUAGAAAGCAACUGUUUUAUUGGAAGCUUGCCCUCUUCCAUGGGCUCUUUAUCAAGCCUACAAUAUUUGCAUAUACGUAACAACACACUCUUUGGAAAAUUUCCUGUCAGUUUAAAGGAAAACAAGGAGUUGAUUUUGUUGGAUCUUGGAGAAAAUAAGCUCACAGGGAAUAUUCCAAGAUGGAUUGGAGAAAGGUUGGUAAAUUUAAAAUUUCUUCGGCUGCGAUCCAAUAAUCUUUCAGGUACCAUUCCCAACGGAUUAUGUGAUAUGAAGUUUCUCCAAGUUUUGGACCUUGCACUAAAUAAUUUGUCAGGCAAUAUACCAAAUUGUUUGAACCAUUUGAGUGCCAUCAUAAAUAAAACUAGUGCAAUUUCGUCCUUCCAGGAAUCCAUGGGAUAUGCAAGUGAUACUAUAAGCAUGAACCUAUGGGUGAAAGAUAAAGAUGCUGAGUACAACAUCAUUCUGGGCUUAGUGAAAAAUAUUGAUCUUUCAUCUAAUAAAUUGUCGGGGGGAAUACCAAUGGAAAUCACAAACCUAACCGGUCUGAUUUAUUUGAACUUGUCCAAGAAUGAGUUGACUGGCCACAUCCCUCAAAGUAUUGGCAAUAUGGAGUCAUUGGAAUCCAUUGAUUUCUCAGGCAACCAACUCACAGGGGAGAUCCCUCAAAGCAUCACAAACUUGAACUUCCUGAACAAGCUAGACUUGUCCUACAAUCACUUGGACGGACAAAUCCCAACGGGCACUCAGUUGCAAAGCUUUGAAGCAUCCAGUUUUGUUGGCAACAAGCUAUGUGGUCCACCAUUGCUGCUCAACUGUACCAUGGACGGGGAAGUUCCUGAUGAUGAUGCUAAUGAAAAUGAAAAAGAGAGAAAGAAUCAUGGAGUGAAGUGGCUGUUUGUGAGUGUGGCUUUUGGAUUUAUAGUGGGAUUUUGGGGAUUUAUCGGUCCACUGUUCAUAUUCAAAUCAUGGAGGUAUGCCUAUUACCGUUUCCUUGAGGAUGUGUGGUACAAACUUCAAUCAUGUUUGUGA